AUGUCAUUCAGUCGUCUGGUUAGUGACUUGGGCCGACUUUGUCUCCAGACGGCAAGCCAGUCUGUAGCAGUUCAGCAGCAGCGAACAAUAUACGCAUCAAUCCGGGCUGCUGACAGUAUCCGUGAUGCUCACAGGCAAGGAACUCGUAUUGUUACGGGACAAGUAGAAACAAUGGAGGGAACGACGGGAGCAGGAGCACAGACAGCAAUUAACACGUCAUCAUUGGAUUCUCGGCUACCAACAGCUGAAACGUUGAAACAGCAGUUUGAUGGAGUUGCAUAUCAUGAACUGCCGUUGGUUUACAUUCGUGCCAGUAAGAAUAAUACACUGGUUACAGUGAUGGAUAAUAAAAAUGAAGUGAUCACGUCAACAUCGUGCCGCCUAGAAGGCUUCAAAAAUGCCCGCAAGAAGACAACCAUUGCUGGUCAAACUACUGGAGUAGCAGCCGGACAGAGACUUGUCAGAAGAGGAAUUCGAACUGUUCGAGUACAGGUCAAAGGACUUGGGCCAGGUCGAAUGACUUGUGUGAAAGGACUCACUGUUGCUGGUGUUCGCGUUGUCAGCAUUACGGAUCACACACCACUUUGUGAACUUGGACCAAGGCCUCGCAAAAUUCGCCGCAUUUAA